UAAUUCAAUUCGCACUCAAAGCCCCCCAGCUUCGAAGGCAGGACGCGCUCUCCUUGCUCAUUUCACCCAUUGCAAAACCUCGCGCUCCUCUUCGUCAGCGCUAGAACAAAGGCCUUCUGUGCCAAUUACACUCGUUAUUCACUCACCCUCAGCCUAGCCUGUAUCGACUGCAUCGCAUCGCACCGCAGAGCUGUGCUACAGCGACCCUGAAGGCGCUCCUACCCUUUCCCUGCACCAUCGAAUUCCCCAGAUUCCCAGAAGCCACUCCAGCCCUUUCGUAUUCGGCACUCUAAUCUCAACGCCCAUUUUAUAUUCUCAAACCCCACCAGCCCGCUCCUGCUGGAUGUUGUGGGCUCUCCCGCGCAUACUGUUCCGGCUACCCGCCGCGCGUUCACGACUUGGGCUGCUUCGCUUGCGACAUCUCUUUCACCACAAUGCAUGCCGACGUGAGGAGAAGCACCAUUUUCUGCUCAUUGCUGGUCCUCAGUCAGGCCUUCUACAUUCCCGGCUUUUCGAUUAAAAGCUACCACGAUGGCGAAACCAUACCGCUCUUCGUGAACAAAGUCUACUCGGACAACAGCGAACUUCAAUAUGCUUACACCGAGCUGCCCUUUGUAUGCCCUCCGACGGGCCGUAUCCGCACAGGGCGCUUCACCAGCGGAGCGAGUCUGUCCCUCAACCUCGGAGAAGUCCUCCGUGGCGAUCGCAUCACCGUCUCGGAUUAUGAACUGGUCAUGGGAACGGAUGAGGAAGCUCGGUACCUGUGCAGCCACACGAUCGACAGAGCUGGGCUGAAAAGGACAAAGGAGCUGAUUCGGGGUGGCUAUGUGGCGGAGUGGAUCGUGGACAACCUACCCGGAGCUACAAGCUUUCAGACAACAGACAAGACCCGGAAAUACUAUGCGGCGGGUUUCAAGAUUGGCGAAGAGGUUGUAUCGUCUCCAGGUGCAGAACCGCGGUACUUCCUCAAUAAUCACGUGACACUUGUCAUUCGCUUCCACGAUGCGCCAGGGAAGGACGGAGCCCAAAAGAAAAAGGUGAUUGUUGGAUUCGAGGUCUUUCCAAAGAGUAUCGAAGCCGGCAAUCGCACCGAUGGCGGUCUUCCCGGAAACAUACAAACUGAGAAUCGCCUGGAGCUGAUCACAAAGUCCAACAGCACCGGGGAGAUCGAUGAAACGGAUGGGGCUACUCUGACCAUUCCGUACACGUACUCGGUGUACUUCCGACCAGAGCCCAAACUGGAAUGGCAAAACCGCUGGGAUAUGUAUUUUGUGGCUCAGGAUAACAGCUCCAACAUUCACUGGCUAGCGAUUGUCAACUCUUUGGUUAUUGCUGGACUACUCACAGCAGUCGUCGCUGUCAUCCUGGCACGCACGGUUCGUGGAGAUAUCAAAGUCUACAAGGAAGGCGGAUUGGAAGAUGGGAAAGCCAAGCCAAAACGGGUCCGGGGCGCCAAGUCGCCAAGGAAAAGUGUUGAGAAGAGCGGUCUCCUCGACCAGAUUGGAGAUGUAGAGGGAGAAGCCGAUAUAUCGUCCGAUGAAGAAUCGUUGGAUGACAUUACGGGCUGGAAGCUGAUUCAUGGUGACGUUUUCCGCGCUCCUUCGUAUGGAGGACUCCUUGCACCACUUGUCGGCUCCGGCACACAGCUCAUUUUCAUGGCUGCUGGGCUUCUGGUUCUGAGCUCCUUCGGUGUGCUCAAUCCAAGUUUCCGCGGUGGUUACGUCAGCGUGGGAACGGGGCUCUUCGUUGUUGCUGGCCUGUUCUCCGGUUACUUCUCUUCCCGGGUAUAUAAGACUUUCGGUGGGCAGUUGUGGCAAAAGAACGUUUUGGUUACUGCCACACUCAUUCCAGGACUGCUCUUUGCUACGGUCUUCAUCCUUAAUCUCUUCGUAUGGGCUCAAGCAUCCAGUACUGCAAUCCCGUUUGGUACGCUCGUUGGACUCGUUCUUCUGUGGCUUCUCAUUCAAGUGCCACUCGUCUACAUCGGUGGUAGAAUUGGAUAUGUCAUGGUUGAUGCCUGGAGCCACCCAAUCAAGGCGAACGCCAUCCCGCGCCAGAUUCCGUCCCAGUCAUGGUAUACGAAGAGUUUUCAGGCCAUCCUCGUUGCAGGCUUCAUCCCCUUUGCAGUCAUUUUCAUCGAGCUGAUGUUCGUCUUCAAGAGCUUGUGGCAAGACAAGAGCGGAUAUUACUACGUUUUUGGCUUCAUGUCCGUCGUCAGCGUCAUCCUAGUCGUCACAGUCAUCGAGGUUACGAUCGUCGCAACAUACGUACAACUCUGCACUGAGAACUACCACUGGUGGUGGCAAUCCUUCAUAGUUGGCGGCAGCAGCAGUGUCUGGAUCUUCGGCUACUUGGUUUGGUAUUAUUUCGCCAAACUCCACAUCACUGGCUUUGUGUCCAGCCUCCUGUUCUUCUGCUACGGAUUCCUGGCCUGUGCGGUCUAUGGGCUGUUGACGGGAACUAUUGGGUUUUUGUCCGCUUAUGCUUUUGUUAGGAGGAUUUAUAGCGCUAUCAAAGCCGAUUAAUCUCGAAUGAUCGAAUUUGGUCUCUGAUGUAACACGUUCAGAGUCUCAAAGUCUCCUGUUCCAUUCAGUAUAUUAUCUUUUGGGGAUGAUCGCAUCAAAGAACUCACUUCAUACGGCUCUCUGCAAACAUUCAAAAGUAAACUGGGGGCAUCUUAACGUAGUCUUUUUUUCGUAGGUUGCGUGCGCUUUUACAUUGCACUGGGAGUUGGGGGGGGGUUGUUUAGGCGUUGACUAACGCUUUUUGAUUCAACCUGGUCUAAAGCAUGACUGGGUUCACCUACGUGCGACUGUGAGGUGGUGGAUUAUGUAUAGAUUCCCUUGUUUUACACUGUCGGUCUUGCAUAUUGCAUUUUAGAUGGAUGUAUAUAAUGUGGAUUAUGAGUCGAUGGGUGAGGCAACUACAUGGUGCCUGAGGUGGAGAGAGACGAGAUGAGAGAGAAUGAGGAAUGAAGCAUGAACUCUCAAUUG